GUUAACAGACUGCAUCUCCCAAAAUGCAGCGUGUUUUAAUUUCCAUGAUGGCCGAAUGGUGUAAGCCUGCAGGAAGAGUGAGAGGGGUGCUGUUAGAUAUUAGUGGGGUUCUGUAUGACAGUGGGGAAGGAGGAGGGGUUCCUAUCCCCGGCUCAACGGAAGCGGUGAAAAGACUCAAAGAGGCCAACUUAAAGGUGCGCUUCUGCACCAACGAAACUCAGGCCACCCGGGAGAGGUUUGUGAAGAAGUUGCAGAGCCUGGGGUUUGAUAUCGCUCUCGGAGAAGUCUUUGCUCCUGCCCCUGCCGCUUGCCAAAUUUUGAAGGAACGUGGACUUAGACCACAUCUCCUCGUACAUGAUGAUCUUCUGCCAGAAUUUAACCAGAUUGACCAGUCAAAUCCCAACUGUGUCGUGAUUGGAGAUGCUGCAGAUAAUUUUUCUUACAAGAACCUGAAUGAGGCCUUUCAAGUUCUGAUAGGCCUGGAAAAACCUGUCCUGCUAUCUCUUGGCAGAGGGCGAUAUUAUAAGGAAACGGAUGGGAUGAAACUUGAUGUUGGAGUUUACAUGAAGGCAUUAGAGUUUGCCUGUGAUAUCGAAGCCGAAGUUGUAGGCAAGCCGGCAAAAAUGUUUUUCUUGUCCGCUUUAUCUGACAUGGGCUUGGAGCCAGAUCGGGUCAUCAUGAUCGGGGAUGAUAUUGUGAAUGAUGUAGGUGGAGCCCAGCAGUGUGGUAUGAAGGCUGUCCAAGUAAGGACAGGAAAGUACAGAGGCCAGCUAUAUUCCUGGAGGAAUGGAAGUUAGAGAUCAGGUUAUCCUCAUACAUUCUACAAGGCAAACUUGAGAAACAGAUCCUUGAAUGCAGGUUGCAAGUCUGCCCUCUUGCCUGGGGAACGUUUGGACCAGGAAAGGCUGAAGAGGGAAAAUACGGAUUUAUACAGAUUUUUAUUUUCUAAUCUAGUUUACUGCAUCCCUGAACUGUAGCAAUUGUAAUUGUUACAGACAGGAGUGGGGGAGUGGGGUUGGGGUUAAUUUAAGCAGCCCUGAUUUCUCCUCUCACCACCUGUCUUUAAACUGAAAGGUGUUUUUUGGUUUUUUAUUUCCCCCUUUACAAGUGGUGGCAUAUUUCCCCCAACCCCUCAGUUUCGAGUGAUCCAAUCCUCUAUUAAUAAUCCCACAGCAAACUCAAGAUAAGGUAAAAUCAGAGGGUUAAUUUAUUUCUCACACACAAAAUGCAGGAAGGGGUUUUGCAAUGUCCACCCCGUUUUGCACUUAUACAAUAAAAGAGGGAUAAGGCAAAGGAAGGGGGUCAGGGCAACGACCACAGACAAAAAAUUACGAAUUAUGGUUUCACUUGAGUCCAGAGUCCAGAAUCAAAAAGUCCAAUGGUGUAUUCCUUCAGAGGAUAGCAGGCUGAAACUGUUGUAUGGUGAUCCGCUUUCCCAGAAGCGAUGACCUCCAUGAUGGAAGAAGGCAUAUAGAGACAAAUUAGCCUUGUAGACACAGAUACAGAAGUUCAAAUGUUCUAGUAGAACACAGUGUAGAUGAGGGCCAGGCAAUUUAAACCUGGGCAGAGCUCUUUGCUACCUGUUAGGUAGUAAAUGGUAGACAGAGUCAGGCUGUUAGCCUAGAGUCCUGCUUUUGUUCUGGAGCUAAACAGUGACUGAGGAUGGAACUCAAAGACUGUAUAAUUAAAGCAAUUCAAACUGCUCAAGUAUCGGUCAUGUGACAGGUUGGUUUCAGAUCAAACUAUUCAGCUAACGGAGCACGCUUGUUAAUACCCAAUGGGUAAAAUUUUUCGCUCGGCAACUGGCCUGUGCCCAACCCAACUGAGCGUAAAAUGAUGCACGAUGACGUCGGGCAAGCGUCCCAUUGUCAUCACACACUCACAGGAUAUUUCGGUCGGGCGCACGCCAGAGUCAGCAGCGCGUCCACUGACAACUAAAAGACCUAUUUAAGGCCAUUAAAAAGUUAAUUGAAAUAACUUUUUUGCUGCCUGUACAACCUUACAGUUGGCAGGCAAGCAAAAGUGCCAAGCAGACUUUGCACUUUUUUGGAAACCUCAUCCACAGGCGGCAUGAGAUUUCCAAUAGUAAAUGAGAAUAAAAUAAAAACUUUCAUUUUUCAUUAAUAACAUGUCCCUGCUCAUGUGACAGAGUCACAUGAGGGGACAUGUUUCAUUACAUUUUUAUUUUUUUUAUUUUUUUUUUCAUAUAUCUUCAUCUCCCUGAGGCAGCUCUCUGUUUCCUGCUACCAGCAAUUGAGUUUCAUGGAAAGUAUUACUGGUUGAAGAUUGGCCUUUAGACUGAUAGUAAGAGAAAUAAAUCAAAUGGGGCAAGAGAAGGCAAAGGACUGGAGAGAUCAGGAGCUGUAGAUAAUGUGACAGACUUCCGGGGCAGAAAGAAAAAAAGAAUGUGAUAUCCAUCUGCUAAAGAGAACUAAGAGAGAACAAGAUCUAAGAGAGUGUCUCUCAGCUGCUGUAUCUCAAGUGUAAAUUAAUUUGAUCACAGCAUAUUUGUAAAAGGAGAAUGGAGAGGCUAUAGUGGACAGCGAUAUUUUGUAAGUGAUGGAAAUGCAGCUACAAAUGCAUGACACUGCCUUAAUCCACCUUGAAGUGAAUGUACCUGUACCUUCCUUUGGCUUGGUGUCCAACUUUUCCUGUUCUUACCUUUGCGAAGUGUUGGAACAUUGUUCUAUAUUAAAGAUGUUAUGCAAACAAAAAUUAUCGCUUUAACGUUGUUAUUCAGUAAAUAUUGUAAUUACUAAUAAAGUUUAACUGGUAGCA